CGUAAAAUUUUUGGUAAUAACCCUUUAUAUAAAGCUCUAAAUCUGAAACAAAAGUAAUUAAAAAUAUUAAUGGGUACCCUUGUAUAUUGUAUCACCUUGAGGACCUUGAAUGCGACUUUUAGCAACAUCAAAAGGUAUAUUCAUGCAGGAUGCCACUGUUCCUGAUAUAAAACCUAUGGUAAACUAACAAAUUUAUGUGGAUUAGACAGAGUAUCUACAAUUGCAACAUAGAUGGUAUCUAUAAAAAAUACAGAAGAAAAAACUCUUUAUCAAAAAUAUUCAAAAUGAAAUUGCAUGAAACUGUAGGAUGAAACAUUAAGUAUGACACAGCAAUAUUUGCUUACUAUCUUGUAUGACAUUACGUCAUCAAAAUAUUCGCGUUAAUUAUCAUUUCAGUUUACUUUUCAAAGUUACAGUGAUUUCGUAUUCGUAAGUAUACUGUUGUGACGAGAUAAUCAUAAAAUAUUUUAAAAUGUGUAGUAAUUGUUACUGUAAUAACAUAUAUUUUGUUUCAGGAACUUCAAACUUUUACACAGAAUUAGUUCAAUUUAUUUAAAUUAGUUUAGCAUAUACAUAUUCUUUAUAGUACAGAAAUUAAUUCUAACAUGCACAGUUGGGAUGAAAUAAGUGUGUCCAUUUAUUACAUCAUUUAGAGGCUUUAAAAUACCUAGUAGAAUAUAUUUUAUUAAUAUUGUAUAUACCAUCUUAUAAAUGUCAUAUUUUUUAUGUUUAAAUCUUAAUUAUACUGACAGAGGAAACAAUAACAAUAAUGAUUAAAAUUUAAAGAAUGUCCACAUAAAUAGAAAAGAAGACCUUUCUUUCUUUUCAAAUAUAAAUAUGCUUUGUAAAGUAAAAUGCCUUGUUAUCCUGUUAUAGGAUUAAAUUACUGCGCUUCAUUUCUAUACGACUAAACAGAAAAGCACAUGAAGAUUACUUGAAAACUAAUUGUUAAUUAACACUGUCUUUAUAGAGGCAAAGAAUCAGUGACAUGGAGGUUAGACAUAGAAAGUUAACAGAAAAUGAAGACAUUUUUGAAGCAGAACCGAAACCACGUUUUAAGAAAGGACAACCAGGAAAAAGAUAUUUUGUGGUUGUGGCUUUGUUGGGAAUUCUCUUCCUGGGAUAUAUAGCAAUAGCAUAUGACUUGAAGCCAGUACGUCUGGGUAGCAAAGCAAUUGAUACAUUGGCUUUCUCUUUCAAUCUGCAAAAACCAUUUUACGUUGUAGUAAUUGACGCGGGUUCGACCGGUAGUCGAGCGUUAGCUUUCAGUUUUCACGAAUCAAUUCUAGGUGGUAAUUUGGUUUUGGAUGAGGAGCUCUACACCGAGACAAAACCAGGCCUUAGUGCUUAUUCUGAGAAACCUAAAGACGCCGCUAAGUCUCUUAUUGUAUUACUAGAUAAAGUUAGAAGUGUUAUUCCUCGUUCGGAAUGGCAACACACACCUCUUACUAUGAGAGCCACUGCUGGUUUGCGGCUUCUUCCUGGACAUAAAGCUCAAGAGAUCCUUCAAGAAUGUAGGAAAAUGUUUGAAGAAAGUGGUUUCCUGCUGUCUAAAAAUUCAAUUUCUAUAAUGGAAGGAAGGGAUGAGGGUAUUUUCUCAUGGUUCACUGUCAAUUUUCUAUCAGAAAGAUUUAAUACGCACAAUCCUGGUAGCACAGUUGCGGCAUUGGAUCUUGGUGGAGGUUCUACCCAGGUGACUUUUUCACCUAAUCCCCAACAGGAAAAGAAACUUGACGGACACAUAUACUCUGUUAAUAUUUUCAAUCAUAACAUGAGUGUUUAUACGCACAGUUAUUUGGGUAUGGGUCUUAUGGCUGCCAGAAAAGAGAUUCUAACUUAUGGAAUGAACUUGGACAAUGUAAAUCAAAAAACUGUAAUACAGUCGGAAUGUAUAAAUCCCAUAGUUUCUACUGAAUGGAGUUACGGUGGACUUAAUUAUCUUAUCAAAGGACCUGUCAAUGGGACUCAUAAAUUGGUGAAAACGCAAAACUUUGCUGGUGGAGAAGAGGAUAGGCCAAUUGUUAACUUCCCCGAAUGUUUGAAGAUCAUUGAAAAAUAUGUCGGUAGGAUUAAAAAUAAACCGGAGGGUUUAAAAGAUCAUGAAAUUUACGCCUUUUCUUAUUAUUUUGAUCGUGCGACAGAGGUUGGUCUAGUCGAUCCCUUUUUUGGCGGAGCUAUCCAAGUAAGUGCGUUUUUGAAACAUGCAAAGGAAGCCUGCGAUUAUCCAAACACUGAUCAACCUUUUAUUUGCCUUGAUCUAACGUUCAUUUAUAUUCUUCUGCGUGACGGAUUUGGAUUAGAACCCACUACGAAACUUUAUCUUUACAAGAAGAUCAAUGGACACGAGUUAAGCUGGGCCCUUGGUGCUGCCUUUAAUAUUAUCCAAAAUGGUCUUUAACGCAGCUCAAAAAUAGGGAAAUGAAUUACAAAUAUUUUUGCACAAAUGUUAGAACGUAUCAAUUGUUAUGAAACUAUUCGUUUUAAGUAGAAAUCAUUAAUUUAUUAACACGUUUACUGGUCUUAUCAUAUAUUCAGUUGUUCUCUUUUUACAUUGUCUAAUGUACAUACAACGUGUUUAUACCUCAUACAACAUAUUUUCUAAUGUGUUCAGACAUUUUCGAGCAAUUGCAGUAUUAAUGAAAGUAAACGUGUUAAAUUUUAAUAUCAGAGAUUCUUAAGGUUUUAGCUAUUUUAUUUAAAACUGUUCUUGAAAAUUGAUGAUGUUUUUCUUGUUUAUACAUAUAAUGUAUACAUAGAAAUUUAGACGACGGAUUGAAAAUAUCAUACUAAUUAGUGACUAAAUAUUGUUUUAAAAAACCUUCAAAAAGAAACUUGAGGAAUGUAUAUAUCGAAUUUUAAUAAAACUAAUGACAAUUUCAUACAAAAUAA